CCGCGGCCGCGCUCCUGGAGACUUCCGGUGGGCGGGCGCAGGGUCUCGGCGUAUGGUUUCGGAAGCGGCGGCAGCGGCGCGAUGACCACGCUCCGGGCCUUCACCUGCGACGAUCUGUUCCGCUUCAACAACAUUAACUUGGAUCCACUUACAGAAACCUAUGGGAUUCCUUUUUACCUACAGUACCUCGCCCACUGGCCGGAGUAUUUCAUUGUUGCAGAGGCACCUGGUGGAGAAUUAAUGGGUUACAUUAUGGGUAAAGCAGAAGGCUCAGUAGCUAGGGAAGAAUGGCAUGGGCACGUCACAGCUCUGUCUGUUGCCCCAGAAUUUCGACGCCUUGGUUUGGCUGCUAAACUUAUGGAGUUAUUAGAGGAGAUUUCAGAGAGAAAGGGUGGUUUUUUUGUCGAUCUCUUUGUAAGAGUAUCUAACCAAGUUGCCGUCAACAUGUACAAGCAGUUGGGCUACAGUGUAUACAGGACAGUCAUAGAGUACUAUUCAGCCAGCAAUGGAGAGCCUGAUGAGGACGCUUAUGAUAUGAGGAAAGCACUUUCCAGGGACAUAGAGAAGAAAUCCAUCAUACCAUUACCUCAUCCUGUGAGGCCUGAAGACAUUGAAUAACCCUGGGCAGUGGUUCUUAGGCAGAUACUCUAGAUGCUUUAUGGACAUUAUUAUUUUCGCUGGAUGAUUCGGGAGCUCUAUUAGGGAAAAUUGAUCAUUUUAGGUCUUAACGAUUCAAGAAAAUACAGGUUAUCAAUUUAUUUUAAAUCUCAUUGUUUCCAGUUAGCAAUAUCAUACCUAUGAAAGCUGUUCACUGUAACGAAAUUCAGUCGAAAAUGCAGCUAGGUCAGAAGGAAACAUAACCACUUUUAAGGUUCAUAAUAGUCACUAUGUGUAUGCUAGGGAAAAGACUUGCUCCUGUCUCCUCCGAAAUGCUGUGCCUGAGAACCACUGCUACACAUAUUUGUUUUUAAAUUUUGUAUUGAAUUGUUAACUGAAGCUUUAAAAGCAUAUAUGAAAUGUAUAAAUCUAAGAUGUAUAAUAAAACACAUUGUUGACUCUA